AUUAAUAACUGAAAAUGAUUAUUGUAUUUGAUAUUUUAUAAGAAAUGUGUUAUGAAAAUUCAUAUAUAGCGUUGAUUUUAUAAUAUUUUAAAAAACAAUUUUUUAAUUAAAGUUUAAACAGUCUCAUUUCUUUUACUUUUGUUAUAUUGUUCACAGACUAAAAUAUAAAAAAUGGAAGCACUUCAAACAGUUAUACAAAGGCUUAGUGUUCCAAGUUCUAACAUUAAUGUGGAAAUAAUACAGGAGGUACUUAUAGCAACGAAGAAAGCUAGCAUUCAAAAUGAAGAGUAUGAAGAAUUUAACAUCAUAUUAGAAAUGUUGUGGGACCAUUUGAAAACUGGACUCGAAGAAUUUGAUGAUCAAUUACUUUGUUCUACAUGUUUUUAUAAUGUCCUAAACAAGUCAACUAAACAAGAAUUCUAUCUUAACCAGAUCUUAAUAAUAAUAAAUGACGAACUAGAAAUCAAUGAGAAAAAUCAUGAUAACAUAAGUUUGGCUACAACUCUUUGUUAUGGCCUCUUCCAGUCCUCAUAUCUUGCUAAUGAUUUGAAAAAUACAGCAGUACUUGAAAAUACUAUGAAAUCAAUUUUCAAAUUGCUAGUAAGAAUGUCAUAUGAGUAUACACAGUAUACAUUUAUAGCAUUUAAGACUAUGAGCUCAUUUAAAAAAGUGAUAGGAACAUCAUUAGAAAUGACAAUUUUCAGUAAUGAAAAUAAAAUUAAAAUGCUGCAUGUAAUAAACAAUAAUUGGGAGAAUCCUAUAACAGGAAUACGAAACUUAAAUAGAAUUCUAUUCCAAACAUUACUUCAAGUUAUCAAUGACGAUGUGUUGACACAAAUAAUAAGAGAAAUUAAUAAAUUUUAUUGGAACAAAGCAAAAUAUUUGAUGCUGACCGAAGUGAUUCUUAAGUACAGUGGGAAUAUUGUGGACUAUGUGUUGAAAAAUAUGUGGCUUGGAGGACUAUUGAAUAGUUUAUACAAGCCUGGCUUGGUAUCCGCUGGCGCUGAUAUGUAUUAUGCUAUUUUGGAGAAGCUUAAUUCAGAAAAUUGUUGGACAACAUUGUUCCUGGAACCUGUAAUCGAACUUCUUACAGGAGCCUCUUUUCAAGCUAUAGAGAAUUUUAAGAAUUACUGGUGUUUGAACACUUUCAAGAAGUUUCCUACAUUAGCCAAAGAUUUAGUUCAACAUUUGAAACUAGCCAGCUAUUCAGAAUUAAAGCUAUACAGCAUUUUAUGUGUUCUUAAACAAGCCAACAAACUUGCUUUAAUUGAAAGAAAGUGGACAACAGCAUCCCAUAACAGUAAUGAACAACUUGUGCUUACUAGCAUAGACCACUGUAAUGCGUUUAUAAGAAUGACAGCUUUUGAAAUUACAUGUGUCUCUCAUCAAAAAUGUUUACCGACACAAAUAGAAUAUGAACAAAUUCUCAAUUAUUUGAGAGAUAACAUUAAUUCUGACUGCACUGUACUAAGGUUGUGUAUGAUAAAUAGUUUGGACAGUUUUUUAACUCAAUUGCACACAAACUUCAUGAACAUUGUCAAUGAUGAAGGACUCUCCCCUUUGAAAUGUUUUUUUAAAAGUUUACAAUCUUUUAUUAUAGAAUCAUUAAGUUUGUAUGGAAAUUAUCAAAGGAAAAUAACUACUAUUAAAGUUUUAUAUACGAUAUUUAAUAGCUUAUCAGGCAAAUCUAAGAAAAAGAAUAAGAAACAAAAUUGCUCUUCAAAACCAACACUUUUAACAUUUUUAAAGGAAAACAAUUGUUGGGAAUUUGAUAAUGCUGAUUUUAUACUAAAGUUAAUGAGUCUGCUGAAAGAUCCAGCAAAUGAUGUACAUGAAAAUGUACUUCAGUUAUUAUGUAAUUACUAUCUGAAUGAUUUCAAUAAUUCUAAUUUAUUCAUAUGUUUAGUGGAAGAGGGCUUGACAUGUGUUAAGAGUAAAUUUUUCUAUGAAAUAUGUAGUGGUCACAAUAUAUUUAAACUAAUUGUUAAUGUCCUGAUUGAAACAAAUAAAUUUAUAAACAAGGAAGUUAAUUUCAAGACAAUCAUAGAUGUCUUUCAGUUUGCCUAUAAAGAGAUUGAUUGUGGCAGUUAUAGCAAAGAAAACAUUGUGAAAUCAAUAAUAGAAGGGAGACAAUUGCAUGCAUAUUUAGGAAUAUUGUUUGUGAUUUUCGACGCAUCCCUUAAAACGGGCUUCAAAAUUCCCAUCGAUUAUGAGGGUAUUAUUAAACUAGUAGACGUUUUAGAAAUAAUAUCUAAUCAGUUUGCUUGGGAAGAAGACACUUUGACAAGUUCGGAUUUUUCGAAAAUGAGUGAUAUGGUACAGACUCUUAUAAAUAAUUCUGAAUAUGCUGAAGAGAAUAAUCAAGACCAGACAAAGAUUUCAGGUUUUCAUCAGAUCGUUCUGAAUUGUCUGUGGCUAAAUGUUAAGGCAGCUUGUGACUUAGCAUCUUUGCUCAUACUGUAUUGCAAAGAAUAUGUAGAAGUUUGUGAAAAAUGUUUGCACAUAAUUAUGCAUGUUCUAGAAACAUCAAGACAUAAAGGUGCCAUAGAAGCGGCUGGGGCUGCCUUAGGUCAAGGAAUCAAUUACUUAACAUCUACAAAGUUGAGCCCAGAGGUUUCACAAUUACCAUUUAUUCUAUUAAAGAAAAAAUUAAAUGAACUAUUAUAUGAAACAGCGAAAAUGUCCUCUGUAACAAGAAGGGGUGCCGGCUUGUCAAUAAUGGUGCAUAGAAUUGUUAGUAAUGAUAGAAAAAAAGGAAAACCCCUGUUUCAUUAUUUUAUGGUUGAAUUAUUAACAACAUGCAAAAGUUUGGAUAAAAAUUGUGAGGUCGAGAAAAGUGAUAAAGAUCUGCCUAAAGCCAUUUAUAUACAUUUCCUGACAAGAAUUGUGACUGACAGUAGUUUGGCUUCAGAUAUUAUGUAUUAUUCAGCUGAUCUAGCUGAAUUAGCUUUCGAUAAUCUUACCAACUCCAAUUGGCAGAUCAGGUAUAUUGGUAUAUCUAGCAAUCUUUCUAAUUUAUAA